AUUUGACACUCGAAAUUUCUGACACCUUUUCGAUCCAUAUUUAGAUUUUAAGAAAGAUCUAUUGCAUACGCAAAUCUUAUUCAUCUCCGCACACUCAAUCAACCAAAGCCGCAAUCAUGGUUAAAGCUGUUGUCGCCGGUGCCUCUGGUGGAAUUGGACAGCCGCUGUCCCUCCUCCUCAAGAACAGCCCGCUCAUCGAUGAGCUCGCUCUCUACGAUGUUGUCAACACCCCAGGUGUUGCUGCCGAUCUCUCCCACAUCUCCUCCAAGGCCAAGAUCACUGGCUACCUGCCAAAGGAUGACGGCGCGAAGCUCGCCUUCCAGAACGCCGACAUCAUUGUCAUCCCCGCUGGCAUUCCCCGCAAGCCAGGAAUGACCCGUGAUGAUCUCUUCAACAUCAACGCCGGUAUCGUCAAGGGCCUCAUCGAGGUCAUCGCCGAUGUCGCCCCCAACGCCUUCAUCCUCAUCAUCUCCAACCCCGUCAACUCCACCGUCCCCAUCGCCGCCGAGGUCCUGAAGGCCAAGGGCGUCUUCAACCCCCAGCGCCUGUUCGGUGUCACCACCCUCGACGUCGUCCGCGCCGAGACCUUCGUCGCCGAGAUCACCGGCGCCAAGAACCCCCAGGAGACCACCAUCCCCGUCAUUGGCGGCCACUCCGGAGAGACCAUCGUUCCCCUCUUUAGCCAGGCCAAGCCCUCCGUCUCCAUCCCAGCCGACAAGCUCGCCGCCCUCGUCAACCGCGUCCAGUUCGGUGGUGAUGAGGUCGUCAAGGCUAAGGACGGUGCUGGCUCUGCCACCCUCUCCAUGGCCUACGCCGGUUUCCGCUUCGCUGAGAAGGUCCUCCGCGCCGCUGCUGGCGAGAAGAACAUCGUUGAGCCAACCUUUGUCAACCUUGCUGUCCCAGGUGGUGAUGCCGUCAAGGCCGCCGUCGGUGGUCUCGAGUUCUUCUCAGUCCCCGUUGAGCUUGGCCCCAACGGUGCCGAGAAGGCCCAGAACCCCCUCGCCUCGCUGGACGACAACGAGAAGACCCUCCUUAAGGCUGCUGUUGAGGGCCUUAAGGGUAACAUCGAGAAGGGUGUUACCUUCGCCCACAACCCUCCCCAAAAAUAGAUUGUGAUUUGAUCCUCUUAGCCGCCUUUUGGCCAAGAUACACGACCAGUUUUAACGAUUUUGAGGGAAUAUAAAAAGUAAACAUGACGAGAC